GCUAUAGAAACACAGCAGAGUAGUAUUAGUGUUCUCUUUCUUUUUGUUGAGUUUAUCGAGUAGUACUUUUGGAUUCAGCAGUGCUUUGAGGUUAACAAGCUUUAUAUCCUUGCUGCCUUCUUUAUAUGCUAUUCUAUGAUCCAUGAUCCCAUCUUGCUUGCUUCUUUUUUAUUAAUCCUCUUUUCUUUUGCAGUUCCUUUCUUAAAUUUGAGUAAAUUGCGAUUCUUUUUUCAAAAUUAUGUGACCUAUGACAGUUAGUUAAUUUACUGUGAAACAACAAAUGUUUACUUUGGUUCCUGAUCAUUAAGGAACUUGGUUUUGAGGUUGCAGUAUAUGGCUGCAUGUUCUUUACCUUAAUGCAAGUUUUGUACGCCAAGGAACAUCCUUAGAUCCACUGUGCUGUCUCUCCUUUAUUUUAAAUGGUGAUUCUUUAAACCACCAUAUAAGAAGCAUUGAAAAUGGCUGAUUCCGAGGGAAGUUUUCCGAGCUCACCUGUUCUAGAUAAAUUGGACUCUAAUGAUUACUCGUCAGUUGGGAAAGGCUAUGGAACAUAUGGCAUUGUGGUUGCUGCUGCUGCUGCUAUCCUCAUACCUAUAUUACUUUCUGCUAUCUUCAUGGGAAAGAAAAAGGUGAAACAGAGAGGAGUCCCGGUAGAGGUAGGCGGUGAGGCAGGUUAUGCAGUUCGCAAUGCCCGGCAUGCUGAGCUAGUUGAAGUCCCUUGGAAAGGGGCAACGACCAUGGCAGCUCUAUUUGAGCAGUCUUGUAGAAAGCAUUGGCCAGAACGAUUUCUUGGAACAAGGAAGCUAAUUAGUAAGGAAUUUGUUACUGCUAGUGAUGGUAGGAAGUUUGAGAAGCUGCACCUGGGUGAUUAUGAAUGGCAGUCCUAUGGACAGGUUUUUGAUCGUGUUUGUAACUUUGCAUCCGGGCUUAUUAUGUUAGGGCAUAAUGAGGAUACUCGUGCUACAAUUCUUGCUGAUACUCGGGCUGAGUGGUUGAUUGCCUUUCAGGGAUGCUUUCGGCAGAACAUUACUGUUGUCACUAUUUAUGCUUCUCUAGGUGUGGAUGCUUUGAUCCAUUCCCUCAAUGAGACUCAAGUAUCUACCCUGAUCUGUGAUCCCAAGCAGUUGAAAACGCUAGCUGCAAUAAGCUCAAAAAUAACAACUAUUAACAAUGUCAUUUACUUUGAAGAUGGAGAAACUAAAAAUGAUUUGGGCUUAUCUGCAAGCACAAGCUAUUGGAAGGUUUCGUCUUUUUCUGAAGUUGAGGACCUGGGGAAGAACAGUCCUGUUCCUCCAAGCUUACCUACAAAGAAUGGAAUUGCUGUUGUUAUGUACACAAGUGGCAGCACAGGCCAGCCAAAGGGAGUCAUGAUUACUCAUGGCAACAUUGUAGCCACUGCUGCAGCCGUUAUGAUGGUGAUUCCAAAACUGAGAAGCGAUGAUGUAUAUUUGGCUUAUUUGCCCCUAGCCCAUGUUUUUGAACUGGCAGCUGAGUCUGUAAUGUUGUCUGCAGGUUGUGCUAUUGGCUACGGUUCGGCAUUGACUUUGACAGACACUUCUAACAAAAUUAAGAAAGGAACCAAGGGUGAUGCAUCUAUAUUAAAUCCUACUCUCAUGACGGCAGUUCCAGCCAUACUUGAUCGUGUCCGGGAUGGUGUUCUAAAAAAGGUUGAGGAGAAGGGAGGGUUAGCAAAGAAGUUUUUCAACAUUGGAUAUAAGCGCCGAAUGGCAGCCAUAGAAGGAAGCUGGCUUGGUACUUCGGCACUGGAGAGAAUGCUGUGGAAUGUCAUUGCCUUCAAACAAAUACGUGCCAUACUUGGAGUUCGUUUGCAAUUCAUCCUAUGUGGUGGAGCCCCUUUAUCUGGGGAUUUACAACGGUUCACCAACAUCUGCAUGGGGGCUGUAAUUGGUCAAGCAUAUGGGUUGACAGAAACAUGUGCUGGAGCUGCUUACACUGAGUGGGAUGACCCAUCUGUGGGCCGUGUUGGACCUCCUCUUCCAUGUUGCUACCUUAAGUUUCACCCUGAUGGAUGCCUUGAAAUUAUUGAUAGGAAGAAGGAUAUUGUCAAACUUCAACAUGGAGAAUAUAUCUCUCUUGGAAAGGUGGAGGCAGCAUUAAUGUCGAGUGACUAUGUUGAUAAUAUCAUGGUACAUGCAAAUCCCUUCCACAACUAUUGUGUUGCCCUAAUUGUUCCAUCACGUCACGUACUUGAGAAGUGGGCCCAGGAAGCUGGCAUUCAGCACCAAAACUUUUCUGAACUGUGUAGUGAAGCCGAUGCUGUCAGUGAGGUUGAACAAUCACUUUCCAAGGUAGCAAAAGCUUUGAGGUUGGACAAGUUUGAAACUCCAGCUAAGAUCAAGUUGCUGCCAGAUCCAUGGACACCCGAGUCUGGCUUGGUUACCGCCUCCCUCAAGAUAAAGAGGGAGCAGCUGAAGUCCAAAUUUAAAGAUGAGCUCCAGAAACUGUACGAGUGAGAUAGAAGCUCCCUUGUGCCAUGGUCUUGAAAUUUAAAUAAAUCCUCAACUGGUGUAGAACAAAAUGCUCCUAUUUGGAUGUGUGUUAUGGUCCUGGAGACCGUGGCUAAUUUAUCAUUGGGAGGGAGGAACUUGCCUUUGCUAGCUCUAAAUAAUGUCAGACAGCCUUUGUAAUCACUCUGUUUACAAGUUCAAUGUGUAAUGCCUGCUUGCUUCAGGAUUGGGAGUGCUUCUUGUUGGGAACAUGCACAGGAUCCAUGACAAAACUCUAAAAGAGCAUAAAUCAAGAGAGAGAGAAAAAUAAAAAGAGAGGGAGUGACAUAGUGGUUU